AUGGAGCAAGUCCAACCUUCAGCUUCCGAAGUGCUCACAGAUGACGCACAGAAGACAUCACAAGAGCCGCAAUCUGCUUCUGGAGCUACCACAAGCGGGAGCUCCCAGCAGCAAGCUCAACCGACAUCUGCGCCAGACGCAAAGGGCGUCACAAUCUGCGGAGUAUGCGAGAAGACUCCAUCAAAGUACAAGUGUCCUCGAUGCUACUUGCCCUAUUGUUCAGUCGCUUGUAACAAAAUUCACAAAGAGAACCAUCCUCCAGACCCCGAGCCGAAGUCAGUUGAGAAGCCCGUCGUGUCAGAAGCAGCUUCCAAUGGCACUGGCGACGCGACAUCAAACCCAUCGAAUCCCUUUCAUGCUUUAGAAAAGUCAGAGCAGCUGCAACGGCUGUUUCGUAAAUACCCAUGCCUUCAACAGAAAUUACUCGACAUAUAUGCUGCUACACAGCCUCCUCGAGAAGAUCCCGAGAAGAGAAUACCAGCUUCCCUGAUGCAAGGUGUGCCGAAGAAAGAUAGCUGGAACCAUGACAUUGGCAUCAAGAAAGGGAAGGAGGCUUUACGCAGAGCUCGUAGGGCUGACGGUGAAGCAGGCGAGGCCAUUCGAGAGUAUUCCGAGUUGGUUUUGCAUCUUAUCAAUACUCAAGAUGGCAAGGGCGAGGUUGCCACCUUGUUGCAGCAGCAGGCGGCACAGGAAGACACGAAGCUGAUUGAGCAAUUGUUGGCACAAGAGCGACGAUGA